UCUUACCAUCAACAAGUAUCAGGUAGACAAAUAGAAAGAAAUCUCCUAGCUAGUUCAUCAAUCAACAUCAUCUUCUUCUUUAACCUUUUUCUUCUCUCUUUCUUUCUACCUGUUUAAUUGCCUAAUCAUGUGGCAAUUAACAUUAAUUUAUUCACAAACAAACCAAUUAUUCUUCAUUCCUUUCCCAUUAAUUAAGAUUACUAAAGUUCCUCCUACUUGUUCUUGUUUUUUCUUCCUUAUUUAUAAACAAACAAUUUAAUGUGCCUUUGUCUCCCCACCUUCCCUCAAUUUCUGCCCUAUAUGUUUCAUUUCCAGUUAACAUUUCCAUUUUUUUUUGGGUUAACAAUACUCCUACUUUUAAUCCCUCUUUGUCUUGUCUUUCUUGUAUUUUUCCCUUCCAAUUUCAUUCUUUAAUUUUUCACUAAACCCCAUCUCCUUAAACCCACUAUAUAUUCAAACAAUUCUUUAAAAAUCAAAAAUCAAACUCAAAAAAAAGAAAAGAAAUCUUUUUCAAUCAUUACACUUCUUUUCUUCUCAUCAGAGCAAAAAAAAAUGAGCAUUGAAAUCAAUGUUCAUUUUCUUUUGCCUUCUCUCUUGAUCACUUUCUUGAUUACUUCUAUAAUUACAUCUUCUGCACAAAUUGUUCAAACUCCAUCGCCAUUUACACCAUUAUUACCAGACCCACCACCAGCGCCGCCGCCACCCAGAGAAUCGCCAUUUCGACCUAGCAUAGCAAUAGUAGUAGCCAUUCUCACAACAAUUUUUUCCAUCACAUUUUUGUUACUUUUAUACGCAAAACAUUGUAAACGAGGUCCUUUCAGAACUGCCACCACCACCACCACUUCCGGACUUCUACCGUCAUCGAGUUUCAGGAAAAACUCUGGCAUUGACAGGACGGUGAUUGAGUCUCUGCCAGUUUUCCGAUUCGGAUCUCUUAGGGGGCCUAAAGCAGAUGCUUUAGAAUGCGCUGUUUGCUUGAACAAAUUCGAACCGAGUGAGAUUCUUCGGUUAUUACCCAAAUGCAAACACGCAUUUCAUGUUGAGUGUGUAGAUACUUGGCUUGAUGCUCAUUCUACUUGUCCACUUUGUCGUUACCAAGUUGAUCCUGAAGAUAUUCUUCUUAUCUCACAUGAAAAUAAUGGUCCCCAGUUGGAAAGAAAAUCAAAUUCAAAUUCCAAUUCCAUUUCGUCGGUUCCAUCAUCUCCGGCCAAAGAAAAAAAUCGGAUUCAUUCGUCGUCGGGAAGACAUUCUUCCGCCGGCGAAAGAGGAACAGGUACUUCUUCGUUGCAUAUAAUCGUGGAAACUCCAAAACAGGAAGAACAACAACAAACACCUUCGUUUUUGAACAAGAGAAUGUCAUUGGACAGUUGGAAUUUUUACAGGAAAAAAUGCAAGUCCGCUAAUUCCAUAUCAACAGCAGCACGCUGCACAAAGCAUCCCGCGUUAACAGGUUAUAGGGAAGGGCCCGCUAAUUCCACAUUAUUAACAAGAAAAGACGGAAUGCUAUUAAGCAAAAAAAAGGAGGCAGCGCAAGAGGCAGAGGAAAGGCGGCUGGAGCACCGAAUAAUAAUAUCCGGUGAAAAUGAGCCGCAGGAGGCUGCCACGUCGGCAAGUGGGGCCCAGUAUAGGUGGAGUGACGUGGAGGCAUGUGAUAUGUUGUAUUUGCGGUCAGAGAUGAUAUUAUUAAGUGAGAGCCGUAGAUAUUCGGGGUCGAGGAAACGGACGGGGGAGAUUGUUGGGUGUGACAAAAGAGUAAUAAAUGAGAGAAGCGUGUCGGAGAUGACAGGGAUGAGUAGGUUUAGGAGUAAUAAUAAUAAUGAAGAAGAGAGGGAAAGAGAAAGAGAAAGACAAAGGAAUGGAGCAGUAACGAGGUGGUUGGCUUGGAUUUCUCAAUCACAAAAUAAUAAAUCUAUGCCAGCUUCUUCUACUUCUGCAACUUGUUGAGGCAUCUCUUUUCAUGAUGAGAUGACUAGAAUACAAAAAGAAUGAUGAAAUCAUAUUGUAAUAGUAGUAGUUUUGUACUUUAGUAUGUAGAAAGUGAAGAGUGGUACUUGGAAAUAGAUUUUUUUUUUUUUUUUUUUUUUUUUUUUUUGGUCAGGAGCAUUUUU